AUGAAAAUAUAUAAUAGUAUUUUUAUAUUAUUUAUAUUAAUAAAUAUUAUACACAAUGUUUAUUCAGAAUCACUUUUAUGGGUCGAUACAACCAAUACCAGAUCAUUCAUGGAUCCAUUAGGUUGGACACCACAGCAACAACCCUCAGCCUCUGACUAUACAACAAUCAAUAACAAUGCUCAAGUUUUUGAAAAAGAUAAUAACAUUAAUGUAGCCUCUAUUUUGCUUGAAGGUUCAUCAUCACUCAGUUUAGAAAACGGGGAAACUGCAGCCAAAAAUAUCAACCUCAAAUCAACAUCAUCUAUUCAAUUUUCAAAAAUGUUCACAGAUACAUUUGAUUUCUAUGGUAGUUCUAAAAUGAUAAUAGAAGAAGGAGCAAUUUUAGCAAAUAAUUCUGAUCACAAAAUUUUAAAUGUAGGGUUUUAUGAUAACAGUCAGUUUUAUUCCAAUUGCGUUAGUUGUGGCAUUUUAUAUUUCGGUACAAAUUUCAUAUUUAAUAACGAAUCUUCCUUAAAUUUAGCGGGCACAGUAUUGGGCCCUCUCUCAGAUUCAGUCUAUAUAUUUAAUCAUCAAUCUAAAUCAAAAUUAUCCAAAAUCCAAAUAUCUCCAACAUAUGCAAGUACAGAAUUUAUUUUUAAAGACAAUUCAAGCGGUUCGGUUUCAGAAGUAUUUGAUAACUCUAUUUUUUUGGUUAAUAGCUCUUUCUUUGGUGUUAGAUACGGAAUUUUAAUGCACGAUCAAACAAAAAUGUAUGUAGAUAAUAAUGCUUGGUUUUUAUCAUAUACUGGUUAUAUAUCACGUGUAAGAGAUCUAGAAAUUUCAAACUCUGGUUAUAUAGGAAAUAGUGGUGAUUUUUAUUCAGAGGGUAAUUUUUUAAAUAUUAAUAGCUUUGGUAUCAUAGAAAGUAUCCCAGGUAAUCUUCAUUUAAAUGCCACACUCACAACACUAAAUAGUGGCACUGCAAGAUCAUUAAAUGGAAGUAUCCAUAUAUAUAAAAAAGUAGUAGGCAAACUUGCCUAUUUCCACAUCAAUGGCGGUAAUUUAUUUAUUCAUCCACAAUCAAAUACAAGUUUAACAGACUCCCAUAUUUAUAUUAGAGAAGGCGGUAGAGCAUAUGUUUCUCAAGAUGCAACAUUAAUUUUAGAACGUACAACUUUCAAUAAUGAAGGUGGUACAAUUACAACAAACGGUUCGAUUAUUGUUACUCCAAGCAGCUCAAUUUUGAAUGAAAAAGAUUUUUUUAUUCAAUCAAGUAUCAUAUCAACAAAUAAAAAUUCAGAUAUACCUUUAGACAAUAAAGGUUCAAUUAAUUUAAAUGCAGUUAACAACAACAUUCAAAACAGCAAUCUUAACAAUAACAUUUACGACGAUAGCAGUGCAAGCGGUAGUAGCAGUAAUAACAAAAAGGAUAUCCGUUUGGAAGUCAAUAUAAAGAAUACAGGUUCAAUUAAAGUAGAUAAAAACCAUAAUGUUUAUAUUAAAAACUAUCAGCAAUCGGGUGGAAAUUCAUCAUUUGUUUUCGAUAACUCAAAUAUUAAUAGUAAUGAAACAAUUAAAUUCGAUAAUGGUACAAUUCAUGGCAAUGGUACAUUUGGUAACUCAUUAGACCAAAAUUCAGGCCAAUUAGGUUCAAGAAAUGAAACUAUCUCUAUCGACAUUAACGGAAACUAUACUUUAAAUACAACUGGUUCAAUUUUAAUCAAAAUCGAAUCUGAACAAGAUUACUCUAAAAUCAAUAUUUUAAAUGAUGCUGAUAUUAAAGGUAACAUCGAAAUUAAAGUUUCUAAACAUUUAAUCAACCAAGAAAACAAAGAAUUAAACAUUAUAAAAUAUUCAAAUUUAAAUAGCAACGGAUUUAACUCUGUUAAAUUUAAAACAUAUGAUCCAGCUUCUGGUGAUGAAGAAGAUCAAGAAGAGAACAACUGUUUAAAGAGCAGUACAACAAAAUCAUCAUUCUCAGUAUUGGUUGGUUGUGGUAAAAAAUCAUUAUCUGGAGGUGCCAUUGCUGGUAUUGUUAUUGGGUGUGCAGUUGGUGUUAUUGCAGUUGUUUCAAUUAUUCAUUACCGUUCCAGAAUAGCUUUAAAACUUAGACAUUCCUCAAUUGCUAUGAAACUAACAACAAUGAAAGCAAAUAAAUAA